CACUGGCCGCGCCAGCUGCUCCACGGAGCCCGGGCGAGGCGGCUGCGACGAAAGCCAUGGCCCGGGCGUUGGCGGGUCUGGCCGCUGGUUUGUCCUGCCCGCGGGUCGUCCCCAGCCAAGACUCGGACUCAGACACAGAUUCGGAGGACCCGAGUAACCGGCGCAGCGCGGGCGGGCUGCUCCGCUCGCAAGUCAUCCACAGCGGUCACUUCAUGGUGUCGUCGCCGCACAGCGACUCGCUGACCCGGCGGCGCGACCAGGAGGGGCCCAUGGGGCCCGCCGACUUCGGGCCGCGCAGCAUCGACCCCACACUCACCCGCCUCUUCGAGUGCAUGAGCCUGGCCUACAGUGGCAAGCUGGUGUCUCCCAAGUGGAAGAACUUCAAAGGCCUCAAGCUGCUUUGCCGGGACAAGAUCCGUCUCAACAACGCCAUCUGGAGGGCCUGGUAUAUCCAGUAUGUGGAGCGGAGGAAGAGCCCCGUGUGUGGCUUCGUGACCCCCCUGCAGGGGCCUGAGGCUGAUGAGCACCGAAAACCAGAGGCCGUGGUCCUAGAGGGCAAUUACUGGAAGCGGCGCAUCGAGGUGGUGAUGCGCGAGUACCACAAGUGGCGCAUCUACUACAAGAAGCGGCUCCGUAAGUGCAGCAGGGAAGGGGAUCUCCUGACCCCAAAGCAGGUGGAAGGGGGUUGGCAACCACCGGAGCGAUGGUGCGAGCAGCUCUUCUCCAGCGUGGUGCCCGUGCUGCUCGGGGGCCCAGAGGAGGAGCCUGGCGGGCGGCAGCUUCUGGACCUGGACUGCUUUUUGUCCGACAUCUCCGACACGCUCUUCACCAUGACUCAGCCCAGCUCCACGCCCCUGCAGCUGCGCCCUGAGGACGCUUAUGUGGGCAAUGCUGACAUGAUCCAGCCGGACCUGACACCCCUGCAGCCCAGCCUGGAUGACUUCAUGGAGAUCUCAGAUUUCUUCACCAGCUACCGCCCCCCACAGACACCCACGCCCUCACACUUCCCGGAGCCCCCCAGUUUUGGCACCAUGGCUGACCCUUUCUUCGGCAGUUCGAUCCUGGGCUCAGAGGUGCCCCCUGCCUCGUCAGGCAUGACCCACCUCUCAGGGAAUAACCGCCUGCAGGCUCGGAGCAGCUGCCCUGGCACCCUGGACUCCAGUGCCUUCCUGAACUCUGAUUUCCUCCUUCCUGAAGACCCCAAGCCCAAGCUCCCACCCCCGCCAGCACCCCCACCCCUCUUCCAAUACCCUGCCCUUCCCAAGGGGCCUGGUCUAGAGCCCUGUCCCCCACCCGCCUUCCCUCCCAUGGCUCCUCCCCCUGCUUUGCUGCAGGAAGAGCCUCUCUUCUCUCCUAGAUUCCCCUUCUCUACUGUCCCUCCUGCCCCAGGAGUGUCCCCACUGCCGGCUCCCACUGCCUUCCCACCUACCCCCCAGCCUGGUCCAGGCCCUGCCCCUGCUCCCUUCCCCAUAGACCUUCUACCCUCAGGGUAUCUGGAGCCCCAAUUUGGGCCUCACUUCACAGUGCCCCAAGGCUGAGGUCCAGAGGCAAGCCCCCCCGCCCCAUCCCCUAGAGGGGAGAAGCCCAGCCCCCCAACCUUGGGCCCUGCCACCGCCAACCCCACUACCCCAGCGGGGGGCAACAACCCCUGCCUCACACAGCUGCUCACAGCAGCCAAGCCUGAGCAAGCCCUGGAACCACCACUCGUAUCCAGCACCCUCCUCCGGCCCUCAGGGUCCCCGGAGACGGCCCCUGAAUUCCCCUGCACCUUCCUACCCCCGACCCCGGCCCCCACACCACCCCGGCCCCCUCCAGGCCCAACCACACUGGCACCUCCCAGGCCCCUGAUUGUCCCCAAAGCGGAGCGGCUCUCGCCCCCAGCACACAGCGGUGGUGAGCGGAGGCUGUCUGGGGAACUCAACUCCAUUCCAGGCCCGGGGACCCUGAGUGUCUGCGUCUCUCCCCCUCAACCCAUCCUAAGCCGGGGUCGUCCAGACAACAACAAGACUGAGAACCGGCGCAUCACACACAUCUCUGCAGAGCAGAAGAGGCGCUUCAAUAUCAAGCUGGGGUUUGACACCCUGCACGGGCUGGUGAGCACACUCAGCGCCCAGCCCAGCCUCAAGGUGAGCAAAGCAACCACACUGCAGAAGACGGCCGAGUACAUCGCCAUGCUGCAGCAGGAGCGGGCGGCCAUGCAGGAGGAGGCCCAGCAGCUACGGGACCAGAUCGAGGAGCUCAACGCUGCCAUUAACCUGUGCCAGCAGCAGCUGCCUGCUACCGGGGUGCCCAUCACGCACCAGCGUUUCGACCAGAUGCGAGACAUGUUCAACGACUAUGUCCGCACCCGGACACUGCACAACUGGAAGUUCUGGGUGUUCAGCAUCCUCAUUCGGCCUCUGUUCGAGUCCUUCAAUGGGAUGGUGUCCACAGCAAGCUUGCAGAGCCUCCGUCAGACCUCACUGGCUUGGCUGGACCAGUACUGCUCCCUGCCUGCUCUCCGGCCAACUGUCUUGAACUCUCUCCGCCAGCUGAGCACAUCUACCAGUAUCCUCACAGAUCCAGGCUGUAUACCUGAGCAAGCCACACGGGCAGUCACAGAGGGCACCCUUGGCAAACCUUUAUAGUGCUGGCCAGACACUGCCACUUACUCAGCUGCCCAGGGGCUGCUUUCCUUGGGCCUGGGCUCCAGGGACAACUUCUGGGCACUCCCCUCCUGCCCCUUGCCCUGGCUGUCCCCUUUCCUGAGGGUCUAGCAGGGCCCAAAUCUCUUCCACCUCCUGGAAGCCAGGAAGAACGGCGUUCCAUUCCCUGCCCCACCAGAGACUAACACCGUGACCUGGAGGAUUCAUACUCUCUCUUGGGACCUUCACUUUCCAGUCUGAAAAAUGGGGAUGGAGAAGCUUCAACCAGAAGAUGA